CGAUGAGAAAGAACCACGAGAAGAACGCUCGGCUAAUGAAGUAUCAUCCUUAGUCAGAACUGUAGAAGUCACGCCAGAUUUUGAGUGUAACGUUGCACCUGUUCAUGAGGAAGAACUCCAUAUGGGAACUGAAGCAGAUUUCAGUGACAGUGGGUUUAGCUACGACUUUGAACGUCAGUCAAAAUCUACAGACGAGAAGGCAAUUCCCAAUGUGCUCGCAUGGCUAAGAAAGGAGUACAGAGAGAGAGAUGAAAUAGACGAUAACAUCGUGAAAGAUGACAACGCCGUCAUGAGCGCGGCACAAAAUAACAAACAUGAACCAGAGUUUGAUUCAGAUAGCAAAAUGGAUGUCGAUGAAUGCAACGACUUAACAAGAUACAAGCGUUCAGUUCCAGGAGUCGUAAACGUUUCUGGAUAUUUAUUCCCACAAGAGUUGUCCAAGGCUUUGGAAACUGCUAAACCUGAAAGUAAGAAAAAGUGUACAUCGCAAUCGGAAGAAAAGUUUCCAGAGGAAGAACCAAAGCUCCACAAAGAAAACAUCGAGAUGGAAUUUGAACAACUUAAAAGGGAAAACACUGAGCUCGAAACGCAGAUGAGCGUCAUGAUUGAGGAACUUGAAAAGUACCGAAAGAAGAUAGAAACUUUGCAGGUUGACCUGGAUGAGAGCAAAGUUGAAGUAAAGCGACUGCAGUUUAAGGAAGAAUACAAAGAAAGAGAACUGGCAAAUUUGAAACGUGAUCUCCAGAGCAAGGAGCAAAAAUGGAAACAAGGAAACGAACACGUGGAAAAGGUUAUGGCAGAUAUAGGAGAUCUAUGGGAUGAUGUCGAUUACAUGCAAGAAAGCUUAAAGAACAGUCAGGAAAGGAAUGAAAUUCUGACGUUUGAGGUUGAUGAGCUGACGAUAAUGAUGCAGGAAAUGAAGAGAGAGUAUUGGAUGGAACACAAUCGCGGUGGAUGCGGACAUUUACGAGAGGAAGUAGUGUUACUAAACGGAUCCCUGGAAUUGAAAGAACAGCGAAUAGUUCUCUUAGAGAGCCAAGUGGACGCGUUUAAAGCAGAACGCUCUAGCUUUACAAAUGCUGCACAGAGCAUGGAAAGAGAAAUGGAGAUUCUUAAUAACGAAAAGGCGACGACGAAGACGCAGUUUCAUGAACGAAACCGUGAAACAUCAAAGAUUAUUAGCGAUCUUCAAGAUGAAAUUGCGAAGUUACAAAAAGAAAAGUCCACAUUGUCCUCCGAACUAUCAAAGGAAUCAGGAGAAGAUAACCAGCUGUGUGAGAUAACGUGUGAAAAAUCGUGGAUUACAAGAAAACUUGAAGAUCAUAUUACAAGGUUAAGGAGAGAGAACUGCUCUUUAACCGCAAGAGUUUCAAAGGCAUACGAAAAGGAUGUCCAGUUGAUUGAACUGAAAGAAAAAGUGGAAUUUAACAAGCAUCAGUUGAAAAAUUUAACUGAGGCGGCGAAGGCGUCUUUGAACAACAAAGAGAAAGAAGUGGAAGAAGCCAACCGCAUUAUAAAGAAACAAGACGAAACGAUCAAAAAUCUAAUCGAAGAGAUAAGGCAGGAAAGGUGUGACAGGGACCGCCUCGAAGUGCAGUCUGAAAAAAUCAAAGAACUUGAGGCUCAGUUACAAAGAAUGGAGGACAUAAAAAGAAACACUUCAGCUGAUGCCUUGGUGCUUGAGGUGAGACCAGAAAGUUCAGAAAAAGAGCAUUUGAAAAAGGCUAUGGAAGCUAAAGAGUGUCGUUCUCAUAGAGCGAAAGAGCUUCAUAAGAGAAUCGGACAUCUAGAGAAUCAGCUACGCGAGAGGGAUGACCUGAUAAAUGCCACUCUUACAUCUCUAAACAACAAUAAGAGGUCUCUAAUGGAAGCUAACAACACUAUCGAUUUGCUAACUGAACAGCUGGAACGGGAAAAGUCGGAUAAAGAAACUCUAAGAAGGGCUCUCGAAGUGUAUGAGAGUAACUCCUUUGCCAAAAAAGAAAUGACUGAGAAAAUUGAAAAGCUAGAGGAGCAGUUACAAGAGAUGGAUGAUCUACGAGAGAAGACUCCAAGGUCUCUUAGAGAGAAAGAAAGGUCAUUGGAGGAGGCUCAUGUGGAGAUCAAAGAGUUAACUCAACAAAUGGCACUCGAAAAGCCGGACAAAAAGUGUUUCAAGAGGAAGAUCAAGGCUAGAAAGGGCAUCGCUAAUCGACUGAAUCUCGUUCAAAAAGGGACUAAGAGAGAUACACAGGGGAAGGGUUCGAUAAUGGCACACGUGGGAAAAAGGCUGAAGAACUUGUUACGUAAACAACAGGAAGUGAAAGGAAAAGAAAUCAGUACAGGAUGUGUGUUAGAAAAAUCAAGGGAUGAUUUGAGGAGUAACCUUAACUACAGUGAUAAGGAAUUCUCGUCCAUGCGACGGCAGCUUGAAGACAGUAAAUUUGAAAAUGCCGAUCUCAAACAGCGUCUUGGAGAAAAGGAUGGCAAAGUAAGAGCGCUAGAAACAAGUACCAAACAACUGCAAGAAGAUCUUCAAAAAACGCAUAAAUACCUAAAAGAAAGAGAAGUCGGCCUUGAUGACGUAAAUGAAACCUUGCAAUUGAAAUGCUCGCUUCUCACAACCUUGGGAGCCGAAUUAUGUCUAAGGAGCAAAGAAUUGACUCAAACUAACAAGGACAAAGGCUUAGAGAUAACCCGUAUUGAGGCCAACCUUGGAGAAGUGAAAAAAGAGUUAGAUAUUGCUACAUCCAUUGUCGAGAAGCAAAAUGAACAAUGUGCUAACUUUAAGACUUGUGCAAUGAGAAAAACACUAGAUGCAGAAGAGAUGCAAAACGAAUUGAGACGCUUGUCAACUCGACUUGAAUGUGCUAAGAGCGAGAAGGAAAAAUUUCAAAAAGCAUUGUUAACUGCUACAGCACGUCUGGAAAACGAGAGAUUCUUCGCAGAAAAAGAACAGAAAGCCCCACACGUGAAAGUGAACUCUAGUUUGAAAGAAUUGAAUACCAAAGGUAAACAAUUCUGGGACACGAAGAUAGACCUUCAGGGGGCUGCAGUUCCGUUACCUGCACUUGAAGAUGAAAAGGCAGAGCAAGAGGAAAACUUAGCAGCCUUUCAAGGAAAAUUAUUACAUGAACUUAACCUAUUAGAGGAGACACAGUACGUGGAAAAUGAAAAGGAGAGCCCGCUCCUGUUGACAAUUGGCUCAGCAGAACGUGAGAUGGCCAAACUGACAAGGGAGAAUAGUAGGCAGUUCAGGACUGAGUUAUUGCACAAUGGGUUCGAAAAGCCUUCUGAGUCACCGUGUGAGGAAAGAACGUUUAGCACCCUGGAAAUCAAGAGAGUAAAAGCUACUCCAUACAAAAUAACAUUUUUUGACGAUGGAAAUUGUCAGGGAGACACUAAGCAUAAAUGGGUGAACACCUCUGGGAUGGAGAAACGUUUUGAAACGAGUGGAGAUCCACAUUUCAACCGCACCAGUACUGGGGCUGAGGUUGACCAUUCUACGCGGAACCUCUCAGCACACAGAUCACUAAAUAUAGUUUCAGUCCUUCACUGCAAUGGUUAAUGUUUUGUGGGAGAACUACAUAGGCAAACUGAGCGAAGUGUGAUGAUAUGAGAUAUUUACUUUUCAUCAUCAUUGAAAAAUUUAUAUGCAAUUGUAAUGUUUAAGGUUUUUCUUUUUCAAAAGGGUGUGCUUGCCUUAUGUAAAUAAUUGACUGUAUUUUCUAAGCAUUCGUGCUUUGAAAUUAAUUUUAAAUGCAUUAAAAUACUUUUUAAA